AUGAGCAUAGAACCUUUUUUGCUUUUCUUGUUAUUCUUGGCCGUCUUUAGAGUGCAAUGUGCUCCAACGACAAAGCUAUUUAGACGGCAAGGUCCUGCACAGACUGCACCUCCAGGAUGGAAAGUGAGUUGGAGUAAGCCAGGAAGAUUAUCAAAUGGAGCAUCUUUAGGUUUUAUCUCUUUAUCAACGAUUGAUCAAAGUGCAACAACCGUAACACAAGCCCAUGUAAAUGCAUGUGUACAAAAUUGUGCAACAACGUCAAAUUGUGGUUUUGUAAACCUUCUGAAACUGACAGGAUCCUCAAAAGGAAAUGUUGUUUGUAUGUUGUAUCCACGUUAUCAAGCUAGCACAAAUGCAAAAUAUACAGACGGUCCUCAAAGUUCUGGUGGAACGGUGAAUUAUUCUUAUGGAAUUCGAUCUGAAUGCACACCAACAAACGGAGGAGCAUUGACUUCAAGCUCAACGCCAAGAUUGAGCUCAACAUCAGCAACUUCUAGUACAACCACAUCAUCUUCUAGCACAACUAGAACUACCUCCUCUUCCUCAACAUCUUCUACCGCAGUCUCAGCUGCCACACCAUUCUUUGUUCCUUCCGAUUCAACCUUACCAAAAGCACCAUCAGGAGCAACGCUAAUCGAAUGGGCACCAUGCAAAGGAAGUUCGUUAGCCAAUCCAGCAAUGGCUAACCAAGGCUUUAUAAAAGGAAGCACUGCUUCUUCCGCUUAUAUAGUUCAACAUGGAGCAGGAUCAGAUUUUGAUGCUUACUUUUCAUCUUUAUAUGCCGUUGUUGGUGAUACAGCACCAAUCAUCUCACCCGGUUUCUUAACAAGUGAUGGAGUUUCAUCGUAUUAUCGAAAUGGUGUGAAUCUAGGAUAUGCACCAGGUAUUGAUAGUUGGACGAUCGGGAAUGAUGAUUCAACAGGUGGAAGCUGUUCAUCUUAUUCCCAAUACGAUGCAAUCUUGAACUAUUAUUCUUCAAACUCUGCAAAGUUUCCAAAUCUACAAACAAUUGUAAUUGUUGGCCAUUCAGGCGGUGGAAACUUUGUCUCUCGUUUUUCAACAAUCAAUACAAACUCACCAAAGAACAUGCGUUAUAUUAUCGCAAAUGCAGCCAAUCAAGCCUAUUUUACCAAUGCAAGGCCGUCCACGGUUGAUGCAAGUUGCACAGGCGCUUAUUCUUAUCCUUAUCAAUGGACGGGAUCUUAUAAUAAUUAUGUUGGCACAAGAGUCAGUGAUCCAACUUCCCUAUUCAAUCAAUGGGCUUCAAGAAAUGUGAUCCACUUGACGGGUGAUCAAGAUACUUCUACUAGUGGCACACAAACUUGUCAAUCUGUCUCUCAAGGAGGAAGUGCAAGACGUGAUCGAAAUUAUGCAAUGUGGGCAUACCUAAACAUUCUUGCAGGAACAAGUACAGAUGUUUCAAAGUAUACUGGCUACCAACAGCUCAUUGCUUCUGGUGCAUCAAAGAUUAGUAGUGGAUCAUUAUCACAUCGGGCUUGCACCGUCGCAGGUGUUGGUCAUGAUGCUGAUGGAAUGUUCCAAUCUUCUUGCGGUCAAGCUGCUAUUUUAGGCAACUCAUUACCUGCUGGCGCUGGACCUUCUUAUCCUUCCUAACGAUUAUAAAUCUCUUGACGAACUUUUAUGAUUCAUGUACGUUUACGAUUGCCGUUCCGAUGAUGUUUUUUUCUCAUCGAGAU